UAAAUAAUUCGCUUGCCAUUAAAUAGUUGAUUGAGAAAUAAAAAGUUAAAAUUGCAUUCUUCGAGUGAUAUUUUGUGAAUCAGCAUGAAAAUUUUAUCACUAGACGAUCUUUCUGGGUGGCAGGAAUUCCGGAAAAAUGCUCGUGGCUUCGUGACAAAGGCACAUUACGCCAAUGAGCUUAUUGCGUUAAAGACAUCUGCACGCUCCGUAGUGGACAUUCCGUGGAUCUUGAAAACGUACAAGAAGCUAUUCAACAAAUACCAUGAGAAUAUCAUAAAAUUUUAUGGAAUUGACUACAAAAAAACGGCCUAUGUAAGCCUCAUUAUGGAGUUCGCAGUGGGUGGAUCGCUGUAUGAUCAAAUCCAUGGCACAGAUGUCCCAAGGUACUCUUCGCAAGAAGCACUCAAUUGGAUGCUGCAAUGCGCUGAGGGAAUUGCAUUUCUACAUUCACUCGGUGUUUGUCAUGGCAAUUUGAAGCCAAUGAAUUUAUUUCUGUUCAAUGACAAUCGCUGCUUGAAGGUCGGUGAGCUGACAUUUGGAGUGGAAGAUAGUUGCAAUGAUUACGCGCCGCCAGAGGCCAGAAAAACACUCUCAAGUAAUAUAAACCGAAGACAACUCAAUUCCAUGUACGGCAUCAUAUAUGAAUACAUCCCGCCAUACUAUACACAAGAAUACGAUGUAUAUAGCUUUGGAAUAGUUCUUUGGGAAGUGCUUUCACGCAAACGAGCUUUAUAUUACUAUGUAUUGCCGGAAAAACGUCUUAGUUGUCCUAACGAUGAGUUGGGCUUCAACUAUAUCAAUUCGCUGAUUGCCAGUUGCUGUGAUGAUGACCCGAGCAAACGGCCCAAAAUGUCGGAAGUGAUUGAGCAGCUCAAAGUCAUUAGAGGACAGCAUUAUAGAAUUGAAGGGGUAUUAGAAACCCCAACCAAUUUCGACAUCUCUGGCGUACAAUUGGGAGUGAAAAUUGGAUAUGGCAGGUUUGGAGAAGUGUAUAGAGCAAAUUUUAAUAAUGUUCAAUUGGCAGUAAAACAAUGUAAGCCAAAGAACGACAUCGAAAAAAUAAACACUGCGAGAGAGGCGUCUCAACUUGCCCGGUGCAAUCAUGAGAACAUUAUCAAAUUUUUUGACUUUAAAACCGAUGCUGACGUUAGUGUGAUUGUAAUGGAAUAUGCCGAAUGUGGAUCACUCCAGAAUUAUUUGUUUCCUAAAGGAGUUCCGAACUAUAGUUAUACGAACUGGACUGCUUUCGACUGGAUGCUACAAGUGGCUAAGGGCCUUGCUUACUUACAUGCCAUGAAACCACAUCCACUAAUUCAUCGAGAUGUUAAACCACAAAAUGUGUUGUUUGUUCACGGCUAUCGCGUCGUUAAGUUAGCAGACUUUGGAUCGAUCCGCGAACAACCUGAUGCGAUGAUAGCAGAUAUGGUCGACGCGGAAUCGGUUAAUGAACAAAAUAAUGCGAUGACAGGCAACGUUGGCACAGCCUCAUACAUGGCACCAGAGAUUAUAGAUCACAAGCCAUACACUGUAAAGGCAGAUGUUUACAGUUUUGCUAUUGUGCUCUGGCAGGUGAUUAGUCGUAGUGUUCCCUACCCUGAUCAUUUAAAAAUAAGAGCAGAGUUUCGUAAAUUUAGGACAUCUAAUGGUGCACGUCCGUAUAUUGACAAACUAAAAAAAUUUUCCAAAUCGGAAGAGCUAAAAACUUUGAUUUUAAAGUGUUGGAAUCAAAAUCCGGACGAGCGAUUAUCUAUGAGGGAAAUAAUUUCCAUACUGGAAAAUGAAUAUUGA